AUGAGUAGGUCCCACCUGAGCAGCGUCUUGGCCCCACCACAUCAACCCUGAUCGCUCCAUUUAUCCCACUCCCCACCGUUCCCGUUCCAGACGGAACACAGCAGCCCCCGCCACCGGAGCACGACCUCGUUCGUCUCGCCACCGACCUGUCCGAAAUGGCGAGCAGCAGUGGCAUGUUGGGCCCGCUGCAGUUCAACCUCGACACCCUUCAAGACGACCACGGCCAGCCUUUCCUCGUGCGUCUACUCCUUACCGAUCUCUCGGAAGAGCUCUCCGAACGACUGCUCCAGAUCCAGCGCAACCACGCUGACAGCUCGCUUGCGAACGGCCAUGACAGACUUCCAAAUCCAAUCAACAAGGGACUUCGCACAGGCAAGUCGAGCACCGUCAUAAUUCGAGCAAAGGACUCGCUCCGGGAAUCAAGGGCGGAGCCCCCCCCCUCCCCACACGGCCCAAUGCCACCCGACCGGGCUGGGUCAGGCGACGAGACAGCAGAGACGAGAGCUUACCAUCGGCUCCGUCCUCAUUCAAUCUGCAGAUCCCCAUGGACGAACCACUAUGCCCCUCCGACCACGAGCAGCAGCAUCAGCGCGGCUCUUUCCGGUCGAACUAGGGCCCUCGAGGUGGCAUUGAACCAAAGCGUGUCCGAACUCCGAGAUCGGUCAGUGCAACCAGCCGGGGACGAGCCUUAGCAUGGGGUUGGUAAAGCGUACUCACUGACACGAAGAUCCACCACGAUAAUGAAAUAAAAAGACUGUGGCCAGGUGGUGUCUCGUCCGUCUAUCUCCGCGAAGCCGAGGCCGCCCAACCUACCCAUGGUGUCGCCCUUGUCAAAAAAGGUCCGUUCUGGCCACCUUAGAUUUGCUUGAUCCGUUGCAACCCUAAUGAGUUGAUCUUUCGUAGCGGUUCGUUUGGGAGGUCAUGUUACGGCGUUCGAUUCUAGUGAGUCAAACACCCUUUACAUGUCUCCGGUCCGUCAGGGUCGAAUCGACGGCUGAGGCCGGCUCCUCAUGCGCGCCACAGUUCACGAGUUCUCUAUCUCGCAUCUUCCCCACGCUCCCUCCGCAUGGUAUACGCUCGACUCGACCAUCGAGGUCCACAAGGACAAAGUCGGUGGAUCGACGUCCAACUCGAGUCGAUCCGAAUUGCCCGUCGAAGGACCCUCGACUUCGUCGCAGCACUCGUCCCACGCCCGCAACGUGACGCAAUUGAUUGAGCAGCAGGAGAAGCAACUGCGCGAAACCUUGCAGGAUAUUCACCGCUCCAGUGAGUCUGUUUCGAUUCUUCGUGGUGCAAAGUGUCUGAGCUGACCGAGACCCGGUCUCUGAUCCAGUCGCAGCUCCACAAGCUUCGACCACCGCCGAUGACGAUUACCAGAGGCAUGCGUACCCGCCGGCUCCGAACGACGCAGGAGACGACUACGGCGACUCGGGAUCGCGACAACUGCUCGACGAGUUCGGGAUCGACGAAACCAUGCCCCCGACGUCGGGUCGUGUCGCGGCGCAGAACGGACCCUUCACGCUGUGGUUGCGGCGCUUCCUGCAACUUCCGCUGAGGAUUUUGGCGAUCCCCAUCGGGUUACUCGGUAUCGCCUUUGGUAUCGUCGCUAGGUUGUUGCGCAUCCGGCCGGGUCAAACGUCGUUGGGGCCUCGAAAUCCGUUCGCGAGGGACGCUCGUAGUCUGCAGCGGAUGGACCCCGUCGGUUCAGCCGAACGUUUCGUGCGCUCGAUAGAGGAAAUGACGGGGGCGGUGCGGUGGUCCAGACGGCUGGGGGAUGCCCAAGGAUCGAGCUCGUCCGUCGUCGGCACGAGUUCGGGAGGUUCGUCGAGUCUCGAGCGACGACGGUCGGGUUCCAACUCGAGCGCGAGAAAGGCGCUGCCAGAUUUCUGGAUCGGGUCGUACGAGUCGGUCCUGAAAAAGGCCAAAGACGACUUCCAGGUCUUGAUGGUCGUCCUGACCUGCGAUGAACAUGAGGACGACGAGCUGUUCAAACGACGGGUCCUCACCGAUCCCGAAUUGCUCAACGCGUUGGCGAGGGAAAAGAUCCUCGUCUGGGGUGGGGACGUACGAGACGUCGAUGCGUACCAAGCGUCCAAGGCGCUGCAGUUCUUCCGCUUGCCCUUUGUCGCUUUCGUCGCCUUGCAACCGCAAUCGUCGAAUCCGACCCUACCGGGCAGCGCGUCCAUCUCGUCCCCCAAGCUCUCGGUCGUGACCCGGCUCGAAGGAUCCCCCAGUUCGACCCUCUCGGCCUCGAGUCUGCUUGCGCACCUUACGAACGUCGUUCUGCCGCGCGUCAAUCCCUUUAUGGCUCGUUUGAAGGCACAACAUGCGACCCGCUUGGAGGAACGCCGUCUGCGCCAGAAGCAGGACCGCGCCUUCGCCAUGUCGGCCCAGAAGGACGAGGAACGCGUGCUGCGCAAGCGCGCCGAGGAGAGUCAGCGACAACGCGACGUUGAGGAGCGCAAGCGCAAAGAGGAAGCGGCUUUGCGAAUUCGUGAGGGGUCGAAAAAGUGGAGGGCGUGGAAGAGGGGUCAGUUGCAGGUUGAGGGCGAGCGAGAGGGGGUGAGGAUCGGGGUACGAUUGGGAGACGGAAGGAGAGUCGUGCGUUCUUUCGCCAAGGAGGCCAAAGUCGAAGAUGUGUACGCGUACGUCGAAUGCUCGUUCGAGACCGACGACGGAGAGCGUCGCGAGGCGCCUCCCGAGGAUUACGAGCACAUUUACGAGUUCCAACUCGCCGCGCCGUUCCCGCGCUACGUGCUCGAGGUUGACGGGGACGCCGGCCAGAGGACUCUGGAGCAGAUCCCUUGGUUGGAGAAGAACGCCAGUCUGAUCGUCGAAGGGCUAGAGCAGAGGAGGAUCUCACUGGGUAAGAGUGAGGCCAGUGAUGACGAGGAGAUAGAAGAGGACGAUAAUUAG